UAUAUUGUAGCUUCCCUCUAUAUAAAGGAAAGCAUCGCAUUAUCGCGCGCAAAGCUUGAGCUCCAAGAGAAGCCUGACUACUGGAGAUCUUCUAGCAAAUAUUACUUGGAAAUGUCUCGGAGGUAUGAUAGCAGAACCACCAUUUUCUCCCCUGAAGGUCGACUUUACCAAGUCGAAUAUGCGAUGGAAGCCAUUGGAAAUGCAGGUGCGGCCAUUGGGGUUUUAUCAAAAGGUGGUGUUGUUUUAGUGGGAGAGAAGAAGGUUACCUCUAAACUCCUCCAAACGUCCAAAUCCACUGAAAAAAUGUAUAAAAUCGAUGACCAUCUUGCCUGUGCAGUGGCUGGAAUCAUGUCUGAUGCCAAUAUUUUGAUCAACACAGCUCGUGUUCAAGCCCAACGAUACACUUUUGCUUAUCAAGAGCCAAUGCCAGUUGAGCAAUUAGUCCAAUCUCUGUGUGAUACAAAACAAGGCUAUACUCAAUUUGGUGGGCUUCGACCAUUUGGGGUGUCAUUUCUAUUUGCAGGUUGGGACAAGAAUUUCGGGUUUCAGUUGUAUAUGAGUGACCCAAGUGGGAAUUAUGGUGGUUGGAAGGCUGCAGCCAUUGGGGCCAAUAAUCAGGCUGCUCAAUCGAUGUUAAAGCAAGAAUACAAGGAUGAGAUCACUAAAGACGAAGCAGUUCAGCUUGCGCUUAAGGUGCUUAGCAAGACUAUGGAUAGCACGAGCUUGACUUCAGAGAAGCUUGAGUUGGCUGAGAUAUUCCUAUCACCCUCUGGUGAGGUCAAGUACCAAGUUUACUCCCCUGCUUCGCUAAAGAAGGAGUUGGUGAAGUUUGGGGUCACCCAACCCCCUGCUGAGGCCUAGUUUCUUGACAUUUUGGGGCAGUUUAUUUGUAUUUUCCUUUUUAAGUAAGAAAUUUGAGGAAGGCUUCACUUUCUAUUUGGACAUGCAUUUGCUUUGUUAAGGUUCACCACAGAACCCAUGUUAAGCUUGUGUUUUACUUGUCUUUGAUUUCUGAUUUACUGAAAGGGUUGCUGAUUCUUACUCUGUUCUUUUUCCUUUUC